AUGGGUAAAUACUCGGUUGAUCAAGAGCUGACCGUUGCACGUUUAACAGGGCAUUAUGGAGUCGUUCUGGAUGCAGGAUCAUCUGGAACCCGAGUGCACAUCUAUCGGUGGCUAGAUACCGCAAUCGCGCGGAAACAAGGUGGCGAGGAUGUUUUAAAAUCGCUGCCGGAAAUCAAAACAAAAGCUGAAUGGGUCAAGAAAAUCCACCCUGGUGUGUCUUCCUUCGCGGAUAGACCGGAAGAUAUCGGCUCGCACCAUCUCGCUGAACUCUUGGACCAUGCUCGUGACAUCGUCCCUAAAGAUGCUAUUAAGGAAACGCCUCUUUUUCUACUAGCCACGGCCGGAAUGCGACUGCUUGGUGACCUUGAACAACGAGUAUUAUUAGAUCAGGUCUGCUCUUAUGCUCGGGAGAAUUAUGAAUUUGCGCUGCCGGAUUGCGAUGUGCAUAUCCAAGUGAUCCCGGGGGUUACAGAAGGAUUAUAUGGGUGGAUUGCGACAAACUAUCUUCUGGGAAGCUUCGACACUCCAGGAGAUCAUGAUCACGGCAAGGGCCACCAUACCUACGGAUUUCUGGACAUGGGCGGAGCCUCCGCGCAAAUCGCCUUUGCUCCCAAUGCAACAGAGAGUGAAAAACACGCUAACGACUUGACACUACUUCGCCUCCGAAAUAUCGAUGGGUCUACGCAGGAGCACAAAGUGUUUGUUACGUCCUGGCUAGAGUUUGGAGUGCGGGAGGCUAGAAGACGCUACCUCGAAGCUUUGCAGGACGCGAUAGCAGUUGAGCAUGCAAAAGAACUUCCAGAUCCGUGUUUACCGGCAGGCCUUCGAACCACGAUUGACGGUAAACCUCUGGAGGAUGGUGGUGAUGUAGUUCGCUCCCUCGUGGGAACUGGGCAAUUCGAUGAAUGCUUGCGAGGGACUUUCCCAUUGCUAGACAAGGAUGCCCCUUGUCCUGACCAGCCUUGUCUACUUCACGGAAUUCAUGUCCCCGCCAUUGAUUUCGAUGUCAAUCACUUCGUAGGAAUCAGCGAGUACUGGCAUACAACACAUGACGUUCUUGAGAUGGGCCAUAAAGAUAAGGCGUACGACUUCAAUACCUACCAACAACGAGUUCAAGCAUUCUGCUCGCAGGAUUGGCAUUCCAUCGAACAGGGUAUCCUGGACCACAAGUGGAAGAAGUUGGACCGCGAGCGGGCUUCUGAAGUUUGUUUCAAGGCCUCCUGGGUUAUUAACGUCUUGCAUGAUGGUAUCGGAAUUCCUCGCGUGGGUUUGGAAGACCUUCCAAGCUCAAGCGUUAAUGGAACUAAGGAAGUGCUAUCACCUGGUCACAACAAGGGCUAUCUAGAUGCAUUUCAGGCGGUGAAUAAGAUCCAUUCCACUGAGGUGAGCUGGACCCUGGGCAAAAUGGUUCUUUACGCUUCAUCUCAGGUUCCCGUCGAGGUUGCUGAGACUCUCCCCGUUGGAUUUGGCAGUAAUGUUGCUGGUGUUCCUACCGACUUCCAGUAUCCAAGUGUUGAGUUGUUGCCGGAUCCGGAGAGCCUCCACGACGAGACCUGGCAGGAUACGCUUUUUGAUGGAGGAUCAUCACGAAGAAUCCCAGGAUUUCUGCUCUUCGUCUUCAUCAUCAUUCUGGCCGCUUUUUUUCUCUGCGGCCGCAGCCGUCGUGUGAAAAUGUACCACAAAGUCAAAAGCAUAUUCAAACAUCGACGAUCGUCACUUUCGGGUUUCAAGAGGCGAAAGACAUCUGGGGGAAAGCUAUCGUUCUUCGGUGCUCGGAAUCCAUCUUAUGAACGUGUGCUAGAAGAUGGCGUCGACGAUAUUGAACUAGCCGGGUCAGAGUCUAGUCCAUCCUCAUUCGAUGGUCAUUACUCGGAUAGCGACUCCAGCUUUGCCCCGCCAAAGCGUGCAUCCACCUGGGGCCACUCCAGUACCACAACCUUCAAAUUCGAUCUUGACAAUUCUUCAUCGACAACCAUCGGGCUUGGAAUUACUGCCGGUUCUGGACUUUCCGCCAUUGAUCGGAACGGCUUAGUAGUAAGGACAGAAAGCAGGGAGCACUUAGCACCCGUUGCGUUGGGUCCCACAACGAACGGCCGUCGGUCCAGGGCAGGCAGCCCAUCCCGAUCCCACAAAUCCCCGGGCAUGACGCCCCUGAUACACGACUAA